GCGAUAUAGCGCCUGUGGUCAAUUUAAUCGCGCAGACUCCGGAAAAAUAAUAAACAAAAGGAGCGAUGGAUCUUUUCCACCGAAGCUGUCCGAUAAUGUAUCGUGUCGUGUCCCUGGUUGUUUGAGUGUUUUUUACUUGUGAAACAGGUCCGAGGGGUGAGUUUACGUAAUAGAGGAUUAUAUACCGUUCGGUUGCAAAAUGACUGAAGGUGGUACUACUCGAAUGAAGCGCAAUGGCGCUCGUCAGUUCAAAAAUCCUCCCCAACCACAUAUGUGUAUACAAGAUUUUAUACAGGGUACUACAGUCCCAUGUUAUGUAAAUGUUCUAUCUUGGGAAAAGAUUGCAAUGCCUUUAAAGCCUUCCCAGCCUGUACCACUUUAUGGAGGAAUGAGAGUACGACCACCUCGUACAAAAGCAGAAGCUGUUGUGUUUGCAGUAAUGGCUAAUCCGGAAGUUCUUCGAAUUAAUGGAAAAAAUGCUCAGGAUCCAAAGAAGCGUUCCAGUUUAAUUGAGCUUUUACUAGACUUUGUGGAAACAGUGAAUACAGGAGUGAUUUUCACGCGACAGUACACAAUACUAAAGGAUCGAGAUAUUACCGGUGAACUGAAAGAAGUUUGGAAUGUAGUACAAGCCAGGCGAGACCUGGAACAGCCUCCUCCUCAGCAAGAGACUUGGAUUGAUGCACAGCCAAUAGUUCCCCAGUAUCCUCAAUAUCAAGAUCAUCAGCAACAAGAGUGCACAUCACAACCUCCCCAGUAUCAUACAAGUGUAGCAUAUGGUAGGGCAAUGAAUAACGAUGGUAUGCAUUACGAAGGCUAUGGUCUUCAGUCUCAAACUCCAGUAAUUCCACAAAACGAUCAAAUGUACCAAUCUGGACAAAUAGUGCCACAACAAUAUCACGGGAAUGUUCCGCGAAUUGCACAAGAUCGUUACAAUUAUAGAGAACGUGGUAGAGAGAACAUAGUACAGAACAUCCCGCAACAAAACUGCCCUGCGUAUCCAGGUCCGCAGUAUCAGUUUCAGCAGUUACCCAGACAGAUGGUACCUCAAUACGUAAACUCAAAUAUGCAUCCCAACACAAAUCUUAAUUACGGUCCGAGCACGAACGCGAAUAUGAAUCCAACAAUGAACCAGAAUUUAGGAACACCGUAUCAAUCGUACAUUACUUAUCAGCAACGAAUGGAUAACACAAUGCACAUUGACUUCAAUAACAGGAUGCAACCGCAGCAGCAACAGCAAAUCCAUUUGAAUCGCGCUCAAUUAAUCCCUCAGUACGAGCCACCAUCAUCGUUUAAUCGUCAGACCACCUCGUCGCUUAACGUUUUGAGAUUAGGUAGACCGCAUAUGGGUGUUGCCCAGAAGAACAACGCUAGUAAGAGACAAGUGAAUUCUCCGACUCAUUCCAAACAGUCUUCGUGUACAAAUUGUCAAAAUAAAGAUGCUUCCGACAACAGCACAAAACCGAAGAGUCCCGUGAAGGUGUUACAAAGGGAAUUGCCAUUAAACGAUAGACAAGACAACAUGAAUAAUCACGCCGAUAACAAUAAAGUAUCCUCGGAAAAGAGUUCGACCGAAGAGACGAAGAAUGUUCAAGUAACGGAUUUGGACGAAGACGUGAAGAAGAAUAACGAUUCCGAUAACGAAGGGUUCGAGCCAUCUCGAAAAUCGAAUGACAGUCGUGUCGUGGAACAGGUUUCUACGACCACAGGACGAGAUACACCGAAUUGUACCGAAGACGUGGCUCCUUCGGAGGAAAAGGUGCCAGAGACGAAGACCGCAGACGUUCCAAACGGUCAAAACUCAUCCGAGCAGAAGCACUCGAAAUCAAAGACCAUUGUGAUGAAAGGCAACAAGCACAAAGAAAAUACAGAGAGCAAUAGAACGAUUCGGAUUAGGUUUGUCUCCGACCAAAAGAAUGACAGCCCGAAACGUUCUCAGACAACGGUUAAUAGCAUCAUCAAGAGUGUCUUCAAAAUUCACCCAGGCAUGUCCAACGAGGAAACUUCGGGUAAACGAAAAACGAAUGGACAAGCGAAGAGCAACGCUAAAUCUAACGGUGAAAACGAAGACGCGCAGCAGGGAUACACGAUAUUAAAAAAAUCAGAGACAGCUACUCAGGAACAGGUAGUAAAUGAAUUAGCUCAGAUAUCUAUUCAAGACUGCAAGGACGCAACCGAGAUUAGUCCUGUGCUCUCGUGAUAGAAUGAAUCCCGUGUAAAUAGAUAGAACGUCAACCCACAUGAAAAAAAAAGUCAGGAUAAAGCAGACGCUAAGAGGGGAACUAGAAAUCACAACACAUGUAAGGAACAGUCGUACCAAAACGAUAGAACAUGCUUUUGCUAAUCCGCAGUUUCUUUCUCCGACGAAUCCAUUCGUCUUCCUUUGUAUAAUUUUACGAAGACGGAUCAUAGUGAGUCACUCGAAUCGAAUUGAAGCUCAGUCAAACUGAAACGCUAACAGAACCAACGGUUAUCUUCUUCCCCCGGAUGUUCACGAACGAACCGAUUCUAAAGAAGUUUUUAACGAACGACCUUAAUUCAGUCGCAUUUUAAAGCAGUGAUCACCGUCAACGUCAGUGACCAGAGGUCCCAAGUGACACACACAUGUUCGCUCGUCGAAGUCCAUCAACCGAUUUUUACUUCCAAGUAACGCAUGUCGAUUAACCUCUGAGUGAAAAAGAACCGAUAUUAAGUACAUAGUAACGAUACAAGCGAUUUCGAGAGCAAGAUUACAGGACAGCAUCAACGUUCCUACGCUGGACGAACUGAACGUGAACUGCUACAGUUCGGAUUUGAUUAGACACGUGUCCUGAAUGGCGUAGUUUCGAUUUCAUCGUUUAAUGAGGGAAAGAGAAAAAAGAAAAAUCAGUUUAGCGUGUCUCAAAUCCGAAUGACAUAUGUAAGUUGAUGCAACGUACUAAGUCGUUCCCAUAGAUUAACAUAAGAAGACGGUUUCAAAAUGGCGUAACGGUCGGUCAAUCGCGUACUUACUUUCCUACAAAGCAAUUAAAGGAAUUUACCUCCGGGAAUUCUAUCUAUCGGUGACACAAAUUGUCACACACGGAUUAUAGGGCGUAAACAUUCGGUCUAGCAUUUGAAACUUUCUAUUCGAGGUUUUGCCCACGAGUAACAUCCUUUUUGCUUCCCUUGUUUUUCAUACUCGUGUUAAGAUGUCACCUGUGGACCCAAACCACGAAUGCGUGUUUUCAAGCUGACGGAAAGGAAAACGUAUUUCGACCAUUCCGUGCACCCGCUGAUUCUGUCAUCACAUUCUAAAUAGAGCUACCAUCUUGAUCCAAAGCAUAAUACCUGGCUAGACAACAUGUCCUGGAUACUAAUUGAAUAUUUCAGUGUAAACGUGAUAACAGAAAACAACUUCUGAUACAUUCGAAGUACUCUUUGGAGAACAUUGAAACUUACUGUACUGCCGGAUAACAAUGCAUUUCCGGUGAACAAAGUGGAAGUAGUUCCAAACAUCACCGUUCUUAUUCGAAGAGGGCGCCACUAUGUCGUAGAUUCACAAUGUCGGUAGUUCAAGACCUGAGAUGGACUCGUAAACAAACUGCAUUUUAUUUUCUUCUUUUUAUCUGCGAAGUUUACACACUAUUCACCUUUUCGAAGUUAAGAUAUCGAUAACCUCCUCAACGAGAAGGAAAAGUGUACACUUGACUAACAAAAGAAAAAAAAAAGAUGUUUCUAGAGGUCUCAUUGACGAUAUUAAGGGAAACUUGUUCUAGCCGGGUAUCUUUGGAGUGGACAGCUCCGAGCUCUAACGUAUGCCAUAGUUUAUUAGUUGCGAACAAGAACACAGGGCUGCCAAACCUCCGCGGACGUCGCGGUGGUACGUUCACACACGAACAAUUUGUCGAAUUGACCAGCUUUCCUCUCGUCGAGUCACGCGCGCUGUAUCCGCCGCAACUUUUUCCGAGCUUUACCUAAGAGGCUUUCGAUGGUACAUAAACAAACAAACAAACAAAUAAAAAAA